AGUUCUCACCGCCGUUUCAUUGGAAGAGAAAGUCCAGGAGAGUUUGGAACAGAUUUCAUCCUCAACUCUCAUCGUCAGCUCCGCAGGAAAAACCCUUCUCAACCCUCCCGACCAUGACCACCUUCACCAAAGGUCCUGCCUACGGGCUGUCUGCGGAAGUCAAAAACAAGAUCGCACAGAAGUAUGACCUUCAGAAAGAAGAGGAACUGAGGAACUGGAUCGAGGAGGUCAGCGGCGAAACCAUCGGCCCUGACUUCCAGAAAGGCCUGAAGGACGGAGUCAUUCUGUGCAAACUUAUCAACAAACUCCAACCAGGCUCAGUGAAAAAGAUCAACUACUCAGCGCUGAACUGGCCUCAGAUGGAAAAUCUGACGAACUUCGUCAAAGCCAUCACUGUGUACCAGCUGAAGCCUCAUGACCUCUUCGAGGCCAACGACCUGUUUGAGUGCGGCAACAUGACGCAGGUGCAGACAACGCUGCUCGCAUUGGCCGGCAUGGCCAAGACCAAGGGCUGCAGUUCACGGACGGACAUCGGGGUGAAGUACGCAGACAAGCAGGAGAGGAUGUUUGAUGAGGCGAAGAUGAAGGCUGGACAGUGCGUCAUUGGCCUGCAGAUGGGGACCAACAAGUGUGCCAGUCAGGCAGGUAUGAAUGCAUAUGGCACCCGGAGGCACUUGUACGACCCAAAAGUUCAAAUCCAGCCGCCCAUGGACAACACAACCAUCAGUCUGCAAAUGGGCACCAACAAGGGAGCUAGCCAGGCCGGGAUGACAGCUCCGGGAACGAGGCGUGCCAUUUACGACCACAAGAUGGGCACAGACAAGUGUGACAACAGCACCAUGUCCCUACAGAUGGGCUACAGCCAGGGAGCCAACCAGAGCGGACAGAACUUCGGACUGGGCAGACAGAUCUGUGACGUAAAGUACUGUCCUAAACCCGGAGAGGUCCCCAGUGAUCAAAACGGGGCCGCGGUCGCCCAGCCCUUCGUCCCAGAAUUCCAAGACGAGGGUUACCAAGGUUACCAGGAAGAGGAGCAGGUGUACCAAGAGGAAGGGACUGACUACUAGGAGGAAGGAGAGAGCUGAGGAAGGGAAAGUGCGAUUGUAUAAAGGAGGCGAGUUGUGCAACAGGACCUCGAGGAAGGUGGUUCAUUUUUUAUAUCAAAAGGAUGCUGCACCUCUUUUGGGUCAUAUCCUUGGAGUAUUGAAUGAAAUGGUCUUCUUAGCAUUUUGGAAGACCAGUGUCACACAUAUCAUGAUGAACUGUAUUUCUGUGGGGUUUGUUUUUAAAAUGUUUUAUUUUAUUUAAAGUGACCACAGAAGCCAAUCUUCUUGGCCGAGCUAGUUUUCUAUCCCAGGGAUUUUUUUACGUGCCAGAGCCCCCACCUGCCCUUUGUUAGUUACAUUAAGGGAAAUCUCGAGGGGGGUUUUGUUAAGGGCAAUAUGAAACUAAAAGUGAAAUAUUAUUGAUAUUUCUUUUUCUUCUUAAAACUGUUAUUCGAUCAAAACCACCAUGUAUGUGCUAAUUUUUAAGAACUGUUACAUCUGUAAACAUCAGCUCAUAAGUGUGAAAAUGAAAAUGCCCAUUAAUAUGAGCUACUUCUUCAUCCCUUCAGUAUUGAUCAUUGACAGUAGUAAACAGUUAUGGUUGUCCAAACGGACAAGGGACCAAAAUACAAACAAACCAGUUUUAUCAUCUUAUAAUGUGUCUCCUUCUCUCACUGAUUUCAAUGUUUAUUUUAUUUUUUUUGUUUAAUGGAGGAAAUAUUUCCUCUGUUUGCAUAACCAGUUGGACUGGAGCUGAGCUUGUUUCUUUUGGAUGGAGUCGAUGCAGUGGGGGCGUAGAUCAAAUAAUACUCCAGUGAAGUUUUGAACAUUCCAAGCAAGAAUGUUGAAAAUCAUUCUUGAAUAUUGGUUGAUAUGCAAACCAAUCAUGUUUUAUAUUUGAUCAUUAAGAUUGUUAUUUGUGAUUUAAAUGGGGGGGAUUAAUUUUGGGGAUCGAACUUGACUCCGAAUAGCAUUUUGGAUUGGACUUUGCUUUUUCCUCUGGUAUAAAUGUUAUGCCUGUGGAAAAACACCAUGUUUGAAUUGAGAACAAUUUUGAAUAUGUGAAUACAGUGUAAUAAAAUGUGUGUAUUCAUUA